GACAGCGGAUAGUCUGCUGGAAACUCACAGGAAGAAAAAUAAGUAAACGGAAGUGAAGUGCCCAAGAACAAUUUCCACGUUAGCGUUGUUAUUUAGACGUUUAUUAAAACCCUGGAACUUAAAAUUACUGAUUUAACUGCAUAUCAUCACAUACUUACCGCAUGUAAUGUCUAAUUCGGGUUAAGGAAUUGGUUGAUAGAUGUUAUCUAGGUAAUGCUAGCUAACUGCUAACAAUGGCUAACUGUAUGGUUUUUCACACUCAAAUAGCCUCCAUCAUGGAGGUGCUAGCAAAUGAUGCGGUGGCAGAGAUCUGUAAACUCGUAGACGACGACUAUGCAGUGUUUCGUUUGGAAAUAACUCAAAGCCAGAAAGAAAACAGGACAUUGCGGAGGAAACUACUGGAACUGAAGGUGGCACGGGAGCGCGCAGAGAGAACAACACGAGAGCAAAUCCUCGCCAGUCGUCCCAGUCGUGUCAAGAUCAUUGACCGAUACAGAGGAAUUGCAAGAGGUGAAGAACAUCUCACUGGAGGCCACAAGAGCUUUGUGAAGCCAGUGGGACACAAUACAUUGAGAGAUGAUAAACCAAUCACUGUUGAUGAGGGGAGUGGAACCUCAAACCAGCACACUAUCAUGAUAGAGUCUGCAGAGGUUACAGGUCUUGGGGUCAAGCACGAGAGGUCUGAAGGAGAGGAGGACCCACGGCACAGCAGAGACAUCCAGACUGGAGAGACUGGACCACCCCUUGUAGCCACGGAGGACCUCACCACCACCCCAGCGCAGCCUAGGAUCAGAAGCAGCAUCCCGGAGGUCAGUGGAAGGCCAGACGCCGUCCUCAAGUCAGAGACAGACACCAAGACUUUAACUGUAACACAAAGGCAUUUACACACAGAGACACUGGGGCUGGGGAGGCUGGGCUGUCCUCCUGCUCCCAUCUCAGAGUAUUUACUUUACGAUAACCCGAGCCCGAUUCAUUCCCAUCGAGACUCAGGUGACGAGACUGGCAAUGAACCGUCUUGUUCUUACACUACAGAGAUGGACCCUGGCAUGCCCUUGGGUUUAGAGACACAAACUGGUCCAUCUAGAGGUGACUGGAACCGGUACAGUAGUAUUGUAUACUCUGAAGGGUGCCUAGAUAAGAAAGGGGAGGGUCUGAUCGUAGAUGAUGUGAAAGUGGAGGGCGACGUUCCUCCCACAUGGAAUGCACAUAGUCACCUAGGAGACGGACUAUCACAGGGCAGAGAUUUCUUAGACAACAGGGAAAGCUUAAAGACAAAUCUAAAUGUCGCGACCUACUCCCCUUUACAGGCGUUCAGGGAUCGCGACCCAGUGUCCACGUCGAUGGGGCCUUCUGAUUCACACGGCCACGUCCUUUUCGAUCAGGUAUUGAACUCAAAAGACCGGGCUAGAGCCCAGGCUCAGGAAGGGGGAGCCACAUCAGGCAAUAGUAAAGAGAAAAGGUUCCUCUGCAUGUUCUGUAACAAAGGCUUCAGUUGCUCCCAGAAGGUGGAGAUCCACCAGAGGGUCCACACAGGGGAGAAACCCUUCAGCUGUACCCAGUGUCACAUGCGCUUCGCAGAGGCUGGCAACCUGAAGAGGCACCAGAGGGUCCACACAGGGGUGAAACCCUUUAGCUGUACCCAGUGUCACAAGCCCUUCGCCCAGGCUGGCAGCCUGAAGAGACACCAGAGGGUCCACACAGGGGAGAAACCCUUUUGCUGCCCUCAGUGUGAGAAGAGGUUCUCACGCCAGCACCAGCUUAAGAUCCACCUGAAGGUCCACACAGGAGAGAGGCCAUUUACCUGUACGCACUGCGGGAAGAGGUUCUCAGAGAGAAGCUGCCUCAGGAUACACCAGCAGAAAAACCAUUCCACUGUAUAACAUAGGAAGUAAUCAUUCCACCCAAUGUCUGACGUUUAGAUCAAACCCUGAUUUUAAAGACAAACUGGAAUUUUCAUUGUUGUCAACAAAAAAAACCCACAGAGGCAUUAGGAUUCACGAGAGUAACAGAUUUCGGCUUUUAAUAUUCCUGGGUAGAAUAUUGCAUCCAGACAUUGUGUAAAAUACAGUAUACGGCAGUAAAUACAGUGCCUUCAGAAAGUAUUCACACCCCUUGACUUUUUCCACAUUUUUUUACAAAAUGGGAUAUAAAAUGGAUUUAAUUGUGCUUUUUUGUCAAUGAUCUACACAAAAUGGAAUUUCUUACAUUUGUUUAAAAAAAGAAAAAUAACACUAUCUUUUAGAAUAGUAUUCAACUCUCCCGAGUCAAUACAUGUUUAGCAUCACCUUUGGCAGCGAUUAUAGCUGUAAGCACUUUCCACACCUGGAUUGUGCAACAUUUGCCCAUUUAUUCUUCUCAAAAUUCUUCUAGCUCUGUCAAAUUGGUUGUUGAUCAUUGCUAGACAACAAUUUCAGAUCCUUAGCUCCAUUAUGUUAUUUUUUUAAAUCCUGAUCAACUCCCCAGUCCUUAACGAUUACAAGCAGACAUAAGCCUAGGAAGAGUAGUGUGAAUAUUGUAUAUAUUUUUUAAUAAUUUGAUUGUUUCUUUUUGCAUUUUUAUCUUUUAGUUUUGGCUGCUCUAGGGUUAGAUAUCUAUAUCCUGUGGUCUUGACUCUUUUCAUCACGAUUUGCAGGAUCGUGAUGAAGUAUUUUGGCUUGAUAGCUAGCUGGCUGUUUUGAGUCAAAUAAUGUGGCUUUUUGUUUUAUCUGUUUGGAAAUUUUACAACAAGGACUGCGUGCUGUGUCCAGAGGUAACAGAGGAAGUUCAGGGAAAGCUCCUAACCAAGGGGUUGAGUACUUAGUGGCAAGAAAAGGUUUGUAAACCCUUUGGAAAUACCUGGUUCCUGCAUAAAUUGGUAAUAAAAUUGGAUCUGAUCUUCAUCUAUGUCACAACAAUAGACAAACUGUCUGCUUAAACUAAUAACACACAAACAAUGAUACGUUUUCAUGUCUUUGAGCACAUUCACAGUGCAGGGUGGGAAAAGUAUGUGAAGCCUUGGAUUUAAUAACUGGUUGACCCUCCUUUGGCAGCAAUAACCUCAACCGAACGUUUUCUGUAGUUGUGGAUCAGACUGGCAAAACGGUCAGGAGGAAUUUUGCACCAUUCCUCUUUACAAAACUAUUUCAGUUCAGCAAUAUUCUUGCGAUGUGUGGUGUGAACUGCUCUCUUGAGGUCAUGACACAGCAUCUCAAUCGGGUUGAGGUCAGGACUCAGACUGGGCCACUCCAGAAAGCAUAUUUUCUGUGUUGAAGCAAUUCUGUUGUUGAUUUACUUCUGUGUUUUGGGUCGCUGUCCUGUUGGGUCACUCAAAUUCUGUUUAGCUUCAAUUGGCAGACAGAUAGCCUAGCAUUCUCCUGCAAAAUGUCUUGAUAAACUUGGGAAUUAAUUUUUCCAUUAAUGAUAGCAAGCUGUCCAGGCCCUGAGGCAGCAAAGCAGCCCCAAACCAUGAUGCUCCCUCCACCAUACUUUACAGUUGGGAUGAGGUUUUGAUGUUGGUGUGCUGUGCCUUUUUCUCCACACAUAGUGUUGUGUGUUCCUUCCAAACAACUCAACUGUUGUUUCAUCUGUCCACAGAAUAUUUUGCCAGUAGCACUGUGGAACAUCCAGGUGCACUUUUGCAAACUUCAGACGUGCAGCAAUGUUUUUUUUGGACAGCAGGGACUUCUUCCGGGGUGUCCUCCCAUGAACACCAUUCUUGUUUAGUAUUUUGCGUAUCGUAGACUCGUCAACAGAGAUGUUAGCAUGGUUCCAGAGAUUUCUGUAAGUCUUUAGCUGACACAAGAAUUCUUCUAAACCUCAUUGAGCAUUCUGCGCUGUGCUCUUGCAGUCAUCUUUGCAGGACGGUCACUCCUAGGGAGAGUAGCAACAGUGCUGAACUUUCUCAAUUUGUGGACAAUUUGUCUUAACGUGGACUGAUGAACAUCAAGGCUUUUAGAGAUACUUUUGUAAUCCUUUCCAGCUUUAUGCAAGUCACAUUUUUUUAAUCUUAAGUCUUCUGAGAUCUCUUUUGUUCGAAGCAUGGUUCACAUCAGGCGAUGCUUCUUGUGAAUAGCAAACUCAAAUUUUGUGAGUUUUUUUAUAGGGCAGGGCAGCUCUAACCAACAUCUCCAAUCACGUCUCAUUGAUUUGACUCCAGGUUAGCGGACUCCUGACUCCAAUUAGCUUUUGGAGAAGUCAUUAGCCUCGGGGUUCACAUACUUUUCCCAACCUACACUGAACGUUUAAAUGUUGUUUUCAAUAUAGACACAAAAAAUACAAUAAUUUGUGUUAUUAGUUUAAGCACACUGUUUAUUGUUGUGACUUAGAUGAAGAUCAGAAAAUUUGAUGACCAAUUUAUUCAGAAAUCCAGGUAAUUCCAAAGGGCUCACAUACUUUUUCUUGCCACUAGCAGAGAAAGUUCAGGGAAUGCGUCUAACCACUGCCAAGAUGUGGCUUUUCGUGCACUUUUCAGCAGCGGUGACAUCACCCAGGUGGGUGCUACAUUCCUGGCAAUGGAGGACCAGUACCAGAGAAGCGGCUCCAAUGGAGUGACUGACCAUUCAGAGAAGCAGGUGCGGUGGGCUGCUGAAGAGCUCCGGGCCUGUUUUUUUUUUUCAGACUGUCUUUGUUUCACCUUGGCUGUCCCCUCGAUGCCCCCUCCACUGAACCUCCACUGCCUUUCUACUGACCCUAAAGCCCAAACUGCCUCAACUUCAUCCCAAGCUGCCUGAAGCUUUCAAUCUUGAUAAUUUACGUUUGUUUGUUUUACCAUUUAUACACAUUCAGUCUUUGAAAAGCACUAUACUAGUUCAAAAAUGUAUAUACAUGUUAAUGUUUGUAAAUUGUUUUAACCAUUUAUUUAAGAGAACCACAAUGGAAAUACGUUUUCAAACUUGUCAUCCUCGAUUACUUUAAAAUGCGUUAUCCAGAUGCGUGGUUGAAUGGAUUUAAAUGAUCAAAUAAAUCUAUAACAUGAUGCAGCCACCACUAUGCUUGAAAAUAUGGAGAGUGGUACUCACUAAUGUGCUGUAUUGGAUUUGCCCCAAACAUAACACUGUAUUCAGGAAAAAUUGAAUUGCUUUGCCACAUUUUUUGCAGUAUUAAUUCAGUGCCUUGUUGCAAACGGGAUGCAUGUUUUUUGUUCUAUACAGGCUACCUUCUUUUCACUGUGCCAAUUAGGUUAGUAUUGUGGUGUAAUUACAAUGUUGUUGAUCCAUCCUCCGUUUUACUAUCACAGCCAUUAAACUCUAACUCUUUUAAAGUCACCAUUGGCCUCGUGAAAUCCCUGAGCGGCUGAGUUAGGAAAGAUGCCUGUAUCUUUGUAGUGACUGGACGUAUUGAUUCACCAUCCAAUGUAUAUACUGUAUUUUAUACCAUCCAUUGCAUCUUGCCUAUGCCACUCGGUAAUCGCUCAUCCAUAUAUUUAUAUUCCAUCCCUUAGAUGUGUGUAUUAGAUAGUUGUGGAAUUGUUAGGUAUUACUGCACUGUCGGAACUAGAAGCACAAGCAUUUUGCUACACUCGCAAUAACAUCUGCUAACCAUGUGUAUGUGACCAAUAAAAUUUGAUUUGAAGUGUAAUGAAUAACUUCACCAUGCCCAAAGGGAUAUUCAAUGUUUGCUUUUUAAAAUGUUUCUAAUUUAAUUUUACAUCUACCAAUCGGUGCCCUUCUUCUCGAGGCAUUGGAAACCUCCCUGGUCUUUAUGGUUGAAUAUGUGUUUGAAAUUCACUGCUCAACUGAGACAUAUUACAGAUACUUAUGUGGGGUACAAAGAUGAGGUAGUCAUUCAAAAACCAUGUUGAACACUUAUUAAGCACAUUUUUACACCUGAACUUAUUUAGGCUUGCCAUAACAAGGGGUUGAAUACUUAUUGACUCAGGACAUUUCACCUAUUCAGACUCUGAUGAAUGUGUUAGUGUGUAAGCCAGUGACAAAAAAAUUAUAAUCUAAAUUUAGUCAAAUUUAAAUUCAGGCUUUAACACAACAAAAUGUGGAGAAAGUCAAGAGGUGUGAAUACUUUCAGAAGGCACUGUAAGCCUAAAAAAAGUUUACAUGGAUCUAUAUCUAAAGCAAUGUCAUCUAAUUAAGCAAGAAAAAACAAAGAAUGAAUAGUGGACUCAGUGAUAUGUUUGAAAUGUAAGUUUAUUUAUUGUUGAAAUCGUUUGAAUUCAACCGCAAUGACAGUAGUUGUCAUUCAUUCACAAUAGUUGUAUCCAAUACAGAAAUAAAAAUAUAUAAUAAACUGGGUACCCAAUAAAAAUAA